AUGUCAGAUCAUCUCGCCAGCCCCCCAAUUGACUCUGAUGCCAAACGUCCCCUAUGGCGUCGAGUACUCAAGGUCGAGCCCACGCCCGACUCACCAGAACUAGCCCUCCUCAUGCGUCUGGGAUUUGCCCGGCACACGGCCAAGCAGGCCCUCGCUCUCAGCAUGAACGAUACGGACAAGGCCAUUCACGAGGCCGUCCACAUUCACCACAAGAUUAUAGGCUACUACCCAGAAUGCCCCGUGUGCCGUCGAGAGAUAGGAUCGGUGUACGGCACGGAACCCGAUCCAAUACUCACCAACGAGAUGACGGGGCAGGGCGUCAAUGUCAAAGACGCUGCGCGAGUCCUGGCGGCGAACGGCAACGACAUAAAGGACGCGUUCGAUCAGCUCACCCAUGAGCGACAUGGCCUCCUGGAUACCAGCGGCACAUGUCACGUCUGUCACCGUAUUCGCGAAGCAAAGCUCGGGGUCUAUCGCGGCGUGCAGGAGAUGCACAAUCGCCGUCUGUGGGAGAGUUGA